CGGCGGCGGCGGCGGCGGCGGCGGAGCGCCCGGGCGUCGCUGAGGCACCGGAGGCUGGCGGGGCUCCCGCGGCCGGACGGUCAGGGACACGCAGCGGAGCCUUCGGUCCCGGGCAGGGCAAGGGGGCUGAGGCGAGCGCGAGCCCGCGGAGGGAUGGUGAGCGCCCGGCGAGGGGCGAGCCGCGCCUGAGAAGGCGAGGACAGGCUGCGGGCGGACGCUCCCGGCGCCCGUGCCCGCCGGCCGGCCGCUGAAACGCCCAGAGCCGCUCGCCCAGGGCCGCCCCGUAGCCUCCGCGGCGCUCGCGAUUCAUCGGCGGCCGCUUUGCUGAACGGCUCCCUUCGGGAGCGGGGCCACCUUGACGGGCUUUUUGUCUCGUGCCCCGGCCGCUCUUCGCGUCCUCCUCCUCCAGAUGCCUUUCUUCUGCCCCUCCUCUCCGGGUGCAGACACUGCCAGCGCCGGCUGCGGCUCCGCGCGGGAUUUGGGCUCGCUUCCCCUGGGGGGUUUUGAGGAGCGAGAGUCCUUCCCCCUCUUCGAUGGGAUUUUCCUGCCUUGCCUAAAUGGACUUUCAUUGAUUUCGUCUUACUUCUACGUUUAGUGACCAAUUCCCUAGGCGUUUUUGUGGUACUUCCCUUUUUCCUCCCCGCCCGAAUAUAUAAUCUGUAAAAUGGAGAACGAAAUCUUUACUCCCCUUCUGGAGCAGUUCAUGACCAGCCCCUUGGUCACUUGGGUUAAAACGUUUGGACCUCUGGCUGCAGGAAAUGGGACCAACCUGGAUGAAUAUGUGGCUUUGGUGGAUGGGGUAUUCUUGAACCAGGUCAUGCUCCAAAUUAAUCCUAAAUCGGAGAGUCAGAGAGUAAAUAAAAAAGUCAACAAUGAUGCUUCACUUAGAAUUCAUAAUCUAUCCAUUUUGGUGAAACAGAUAAAAUUUUAUUAUCAGGAGACUCUGCAGCAGUUGAUCAUGAUGUCAUUGCCAAAUGUCUUAAUCAUUGGCAAAAAUCCCUUUUCUGAACAAGGCACAGAAGAAGUUAAAAAGUUGCUUUUACUCUUAUUGGGUUGUGCAGUUCAGUGUCAGAAAAAGGAAGAAUUUAUUGAAAGAAUUCAAGGUUUAGAUUUUGAUACAAAAGCAGCUGUUGCCGCACAUAUUCAAGAGGUAACUCAUAAUCAGGAAAAUGUGUUUGACCUGCAAUGGAUGGAGGUGACAGAUCUGUCUCAGGAAGAUAUAGAACCACUCUUGAAGAAUAUGGCAUCACAUCUAAGAAGACUGAUAGAUGAGAGAGAUGAACAUUCAGAGACUAUCGUAGAGCUCUCUGAAGAGCGAGAUGGUCUUCAUUUCCUACCCCAUGCCUCUUCAUCUGCGCAGUCACCCUGCGGUUCUCCGGGCAUGAAACGGACAGAGAGUCGACAGCACCUCUCAGUGGAACUGGCUGAUGCCAAGGCCAAGAUCCGAAGACUGAGACAGGAACUGGAAGAAAAGACUGAACAGUUACUGGACUGUAAACAAGAACUUGAACAAAUAGAAAUGGAAUUAAAGAGGCUGCAACAAGAGAACAUGAAUUUGCUUUCGGAUGCUCGAUCUGCUCGAAUGUACCGAGAUGAAUUGGAUGCACUUCGAGAGAAGGCGGUCCGAGUUGAUAAGCUUGAAAGUGAACUCAGCAGAUAUAAGGAGAGACUUCAUGACAUUGAAUUUUAUAAGGCAAGAGUUGAGGAAUUAAAAGAAGAUAAUCAAGUUUUAUUAGAAACAAAAACCAUGUUGGAAGACCAACUAGAAGGAACUCGAGCUCGUUCUGACAAAUUACAUGAGUUAGAGAAAGAGAAUUUACAACUAAAGGCUAAAUUGCAUGAUAUGGAAAUGGAAAGAGAUCUGGAUAGAAAGAAGAUUGAAGAAUUAAUGGAAGAAAAUAUGACUUUGGAAAUGGCACAGAAACAAAGUAUGGAUGAGUCACUGCACCUUGGGUGGGAACUGGAACAGAUAUCCAGAACGAGUGAGCUUGCUGAAGCACCACAGAAAUCCUUGGGCCAUGAGGUAAAUGAGUUGACUUCCAGUAAGUUAUUAAAGUUAGAGAUGGAAAACCAAAGCUUGACAAAAACUGUAGAAGAACUUCGGAGUACUAUGGACUCUACAGAAGGCAACACUUCCAAAAUCCUGAAAAUUGAAAAAGAAAACCAGAGACUGAAUAAAAAGGUUGAAAUUCUUGAAAAUGAAAUUAUUCAAGAAAAACGAAGUCUUCAGAAUUGUCAAAAUUUAAGCAAGGAUCUAAUGAAAGAGAAAGCUCAGCUUGAAAAAACAAUUGAAACGCUUAGAGAAAAUUCGGAGAGGCAGAUUAAAAUAUUGGAGCAGGAAAAUGAACAUCUGAAUCAAACAGUGUCUUCCUUACGGCAACGCUCCCAGAUUAGUGCUGAGGCCAGGGUGAAAGACAUUGAAAAAGAAAAUAAAAUUCUCCAUGAAUCUAUCAAAGAGACAAGUGGAAAACUAAGCAAGAUUGAAUUUGAAAAAAGACAAAUAAAAAAAGAAUUGGAGCAUUAUAAAGAAAAAGGAGAGCGAGCAGAAGAGCUUGAAAACGAGUUGCAGCAUCUUGGAAAAGAAAAUGAAUUGUUACAGAAGAAGAUAACUAAUUUAAAGAUUACUUGUGAAAAAAUUGAGACAUUAGAACAAGAAAAUUCGGAGCUAGAGAAAGAAAAUAGAAAAUUAAAAAAAACUUUGGAUAGCUUUAAAAACCUUACUUUUCAGUUAGAAUCCCUAGAAAAAGAGAAUUCCCAACUUGAUGAGGAAAACUUGGAGCUGCGAAGGAGUGUGGAGUCUCUGAAGUGCGCAAGCAUGAAAAUGGCCCAGCUCCAGCUGGAGAACAAGGAGCUGGAGAGUGAGAAGGAGCAGCUGAAGAAGGGCCUGGAGCUCAUGAAAGCCUCUUUCAAGAAGACAGAACGCUUGGAAGUGAGCUACCAGGGGCUAGACACAGAAAAUCAAAGGCUACAGAAAGCUCUGGAAAAUAGCAAUAAAAAAAUCCAACAAUUAGAGAGUGAGCUACAAGACUUAGAGAUGGAAAAUCAAACAUUACAAAAAAACCUAGAAGAACUGAAAAUAUCUAGCAAAAGACUUGAACAACUAGAAAAAGAAAAUAAAUCAUUAGAGCAAGAGACGUCUCAACUGGAAAAGGACAAGAAACAGCUGGAGAAGGAAAAUAAGAGACUCCGGCAACAAGCAGAAAUAAAAGAUACCACAUUAGAAGAAAAUAAUGUGAAAAUUGGAAAUUUGGAAAAAGAAAACAAAACUUUAUUUAAAGAAAUUAGUGUAUAUAAAGAGUCCUGUGUUCGUCUGAAAGAAUUAGAGAAAGAAAACAAGGAGCUUGUAAAAAGAGCAACUAUUGACAUGAAAACCUUGGUGACGUUACGUGAGGACUUAGUGAGUGAAAAAUUGAAGACACAACAAAUGAACAAUGAUCUCGAAAAACUAACGCAUGAGCUUGAGAAGAUAGGUUUAAAUAAAGAACGACUCUUACACAAUGAGCAAAGUACUGAUGACAGUAGGUACAAACUUUUGGAAUCAAAAUUAGAAUCCACUCUUAAGAAGUCCCUUGAAAUAAAAGAAGAAAAAAUUGCUGCUUUGGAAGCUCGGUUGGAAGAGUCUACAAAUUACAAUCAACAGUUGCGCCAAGAACUUAAAACAGUGAAAAAAAAUUAUGAAGCUCUCAAACAGAGACAAGAUGAGGAAACGAUGGUACAGAGCUCCCUGCCUGUCUCUGGGGAAGAUAACAAGUGGGAGCGAGAAAGUCAAGAAACCACCAGAGAGCUCCUGAAAGUUAAAGACAGGUUAAUUGAAGUAGAAAGAAAUAAUGCUACACUGCAAGCAGAGAAGCAAGCGCUGAAAACUCAACUGAAGCAGCUUGAAACACAGAACAAUAAUUUGCAGGCCCAGAUUCUUGCACUUCAGAGGCAGACAGUGUCAUUACAGGAGCAGAAUACCACUCUUCAAACACAGAAUGCCAAACUUCAGGUUGAAAAUUCCACCCUUAAUUCACAAAGUACUUCACUUAUGAACCAGAAUGCACAGCUUCUCAUCCAACAGUCUUCCUUAGAAAAUGAAAACGAAUCUAUAAUCAAAGAACGAGAAGACUUGAAAUCUCUUUAUGAUUCUCUGAUAAAAGAUCACGAAAAGCUGGAACUUCUUCAUGAGCGACAGGCUUCAGAUUAUGAGUCUCUCAUCUCUAAACAUGGAACCUUAAAGUCUGCCCACAAGAAUCUUGAGGUGGAACAUAAAGACCUUGAAGACCGUUACAAUCAGUUAUUAAAACAGAAAGGACAAUUGGAAGAUUUGGAAAAAAUGAUCAAAAUGGAACAAGAAAAAAUGCUGCUUGAAAGCAAAAACCAUGAGAUGGUAGCUGCAGAGUACAAGAAACUUUGUGGUGAAAAUGAUAGGUUAAAUCAUACAUAUAGUCAACUUUUAAAAGAGACUGAAAUUUUACAAACUGACCAUAAAAAUGUGAAAAGUCUUCUAAAUAAUUCUAAAUUGGAACAAACAAGAUUAGAAGCUGAAUUUUCAAAGCUAAAGGAGCAAUAUCAGCAGCUGGAUAUCACAUCUACCAAGCUAAAUAACCAGUGUGAGUUGCUCAGCCAACUUAAAGGAAAUUUAGAGGAAGAAAAUCGUCACCUAUUGGAUCAGAUCCAGACACUGAUGCUGCAGAACAGAACGCUGCUGGAACAAAACAUGGAGAGCAAGGAUCUCUUUCAUGUUGAACAACGACAGUACAUUGAUAAAUUAAAUGAAUUGAGACGACAAAAAGAGAAAUUAGAAGAGAAAAUUAUGGAUCAAUACAAAUUUUAUGACCCAUCUCCUCCUAGAAGGAGAGGCAACUGGAUUACUCUAAAAAUGAGAAAAUUGAUAAAGUCCAAGAAAGAUAUUAAUCGGGAACGUCAGAAAUCUCUAACAUUAACACCUACCCGCUCAGACUCCAGUGAAGGAUUUCUUCAGCUGCCUCAUCAAGAUAGUCAAGACAGCUCGUCAGUAGGGUCAAACUCUUUAGAAGAUGGCCAAACUCUGGGGACCAAGAAGAGCAGCAUGGUUGCACUGAAAAGACUGCCCUUUUUGAGGAACAGACCGAAGGAUAAAGACAAAAUGAAGGCCUGCUACCGUCGUUCCAUGUCCAUGAAUGACCUGGUGCAGUCCAUGGUCCUAGCAGGAGGACAGUGGACAGGUAGUACUGAAAAUUUGGAGGUCCCUGAUGAUAUUUCAACGGGUAAAAGGAGAAAAGAAUUGGGAGCUAUGGCCUUCUCUACUACAGCCAUCAACUUUUCAACUGUCAACUCCUCUGCAGCCUUCCGAUCCAAGCAGUUGGUUAAUAAUAAAGAUACUACAUCCUUUGAAGACGUAAGUCCACAGGGUAUUAGUGAUGAUUCUAGUACGGGAUCCAGAGUUCAUGCUUCAAGACCAGCCAGCCUUGAUAGUGGCAGAACUUCCACUAGCAAUAGCAAUAAUAAUGCUUCACUCCAUGAAGUCAAAGCAGGUGCAGUUAAUAACCAAAGCAGGCCACAAAGCCACAGCAGUGGAGAAUUUAGUCUGCUUCAUGAUCAUGAGGCUUGGUCCAGCAGUGGUAGCAGUCCAAUCCAGUAUCUGAGAAGACAGACCAGGUCAAGCCCUAUGCUCCAGCACAAAAUGUCUGAAACAGUAGAAAGUCGAGCACAUCACAAGAUUAAAGCUGGUUCUCCUGGAAGUGAGGUUGUUACCCUACAACAGUUCUUGGAAGAAAGCAACAAGCUUACCUCAAUACAGUUGAAGUCCUCAAGUCAAGAGAAUCUUUUAGAUGAAGUAAUGAAAAGUUUGUCUGUCUCUUCUGACUUUCUGGGAAAAGACAAACCAGUUAGCUGUGCCCUGGCCAGGUCAGUAAGUGGAAAACCUCCAGGGGACCUCUAUGAUAGACGGACAACUAAACCUGAAUUGUUGAGACCGGGUCCUCGAAAAACUGAAGAUGCCUCCUCCAUUAGUUCUGCAGGGAAACCUACACCAAGCACUCAAGGAAAAAUAAAACUAGUAAAAGAAACCUGUGUGUCAAGACAAUCAAAAGAUAGCAAUCCUUAUGCCACUUUACCUCGUGCAAGCAGUGUGAUCUCUACUGCUGAAGGAACAACACGAAGGACCAGCAUCCAUGAUUUUUUGACCAAGGACAGUAGACUGCCCGUGUCAGUUGAUUCAGCACCACCUACUGCUGAUAGCAGCAUCACUGCAGCAUCUAGUGAGUACCAUUUACAGCAGUGGUCUUCGGAUGUGCUGACACAUGCUGGAGGGCGUCAGCUCCCAGGUGAUUUAGCUGCAGACACAUCUGAGUCUCUUUAUACCCAGACUAGAAAACCAAAACCAGGAAGGCCACAUUUUCUAAGACAAACUUUUGCCACUGUCAAAAUGUCUGAUGAUGCAUUUGGAAUAUCAGCUAACAGUAGUCAUGGGCCAUUUACUGUGGUUCAUUCAUCUCAGCCAUUUCUAUCCCUGAACACAGAGUUGGUUAGUAACAUAAGUGGGUUACCUCCAAAGUCACUCACUAGAGUAACUGACCAGGUCUCUGCCUCUUGGGAUAAAGCUGCACAGAAACAUAAUGAACAGUUCUGUGAUAGUCAGAACCCUAGUAACAGUAACCCACAGUCCUCUGUAGAUAGCAACAGUCUUCUCACUCCUGCCUGCCUCUACCCUGAUGACUCCGAAGCUGCAUUAUCAGUUUCAGAGGAUAGUCAGACUGUUUGGUAUGAAUAUGGUUGUGUUUGAUCAAAAUAUGUUGAUGUUAUUUGCUAGGUUAAUAUUUUUAAGAUUGUUACAUAGAGUUCAGCUGUAUAAAAAGGCAUGUAUAUAAACAUGUGUAACCACACCAAAGUCUGCAUGAAAUAGUAAUUACAUUGUACAUUUUUGCACGCCUUUAAAAAUCCAACCAUACAUGUUUUUCUUUCACAUCUUUUGUCACUUGAUAAAGAUAUUCUUUGAUAUCAUGAAGCAUGUUAAAAUAGUUGCAUGUUCUGUUACCAAGAAAGCGUAUCCAAGUCGUUUUUUGGCUGCUUCUAAAAAGAGUGUUCAUUUGCUCUUCCUGCCUCCUCUGUCUCACUCUUCUUUAUUUCCUGAGUGUGCACUUCAUGUUGCAUAUGUACAGUAUUAAUAAUGGAAAUGGUUUUGAAAAUGUCAUUUUCUUUUGUCACUUAAUCAUGUUAUCUGUCCUGUUCUCUUUUCAAAGAAAUAAUUCAACUUUAUUUGGACUAAUUCUCAUAUUCAUAAAACAUUGUUCAAGUUUAAAAUAUUGUUUAAUCAUAAAUGUGUUAUUCUUAAAUUUUUCCAUCAAACUUAAAUGUGAUUUGCACAGUGACUAGGAACAUUUGUGUUAUAUUCACCUUCUUGGUGCCGAUCUUUUCCUGCUAAACACAAUAGUUCAAGACCACUAUUUUUUUUUUUGGAAUCCCUUAAUAAAUUUUUUCCAGUUUUUUUACAUAUGAAUCAAAGAGAAAUAAACCUAGUUAUUCAUUAUCUUGGGACUUGUAUUUUUACUUCUAUUCAGAAGCAUAGCAAGUUUUUUUAAAUGAUGAAAAAUUUAACUUGUCAUUUACUACUAAAUUAAAUGUGUACAUCUACAAUGCAGACUCUUUAAAAGUUAAUACAUUGUGUUAGAGUAUAAAAUUAGGACUUGGGAGAGUAAAAAUAAAAAAGUAUAUAGUCUUUAUUCUAAAAUUUGUUGUAUUAAAAACAUAGUCUGAGCCAGGUGGAAUGUUCCUUGAAUCCCAGCAUUCGGGGAAGGCAGAGACAGGUGAAUCUCUGUGAGUUCAAGGCCAGCCUGAUCUACAGAACAAGUUCUAGUAGAGGCUCCAAUUCUUUUUUUUUUUUUUAAUUUUAUUAAGUAUACAGUGUUCUGCCUGCAUGCAUGCCUGCAGGCCAGAAGAGGGCACCAGAUCUGAUUACAAAUGAUUGUGGGCUACCAUGUGGUUGCUGGAAAUUGAACUCAGGACCUUUGGAAGAGCAGGCAGUGCUCUUAACCACUGAGCCAUCUUUCCAGAAGGCUCCAAAUCUAUAGAGAAACCCUGUCUCAAAAAAAAAAAAACUUUAAAAAAGGAAAAAAUAUAGUCUGGAGCUAGAGAGAUGGUUCAGUGAUUAAGAGCACUGAUUGCCCUUCCAGAGGACCUGAGUUCAAUUUUCAUCACCCACAUGGCAGCUUACAACUAACUGUCUGUAACUCCAGUUCCAGAGAAUCUGACACCCUCACACAGUCAUACAUACAGACAAAACAACAAUGCACACAAAAUAAUAAGUAAAUUUUUAGAAAUUUUUAAAAAAAAAAAACAAACAGUGUUGCCUGAUGUAGUAGUAUAUGGCUUUAAUCCAGCACACCCAGCACUGUGGGAGGCAGAGGUUGGUGAUCUCUGAAUUCCAGGCCAUCCAGGGAGGAACCUUGUCGCAAACACUCCAACCAAAAGCAGAAAAGCAAGUCUUUAGCUCUCCAUCCCCCAAAACAAAACUCAUACAAGAUGGAGAUACUAUUGAUAAACAUGGACUCCAGUUUCAUAUCAUUUUGUCUUUCUGUGUUCAUGUCACUCUGAAGCAAAUCAGCUUCAGUCUCUCCAAGUAUUUAAAAAUUCAUAAUCCUGACUGACUUAUUUCUACAGUAUAUAUAGCUGUCUCAGGAGUGUUUUUCCAAUUUUGAUUCAGCUUAAAUGUUACUGGUAAUAACUCAGCCUAGGUGGGUGCCAUAGGCACUCUAUGAGUGAAGGAGAGUACUGUACACUCACUGUAUUGCACUGUUACUAUUAAUACUGGAUGGAAGGGAACAUCUUCAACAAGUCCUCGUUUAAUUAAAUUUGUAUUGUUUGUAAAAAGGUUCUCCUCUUGUAUGUACACAGGGUCACUGGGUGGGUAGACCCUUCUGUUUAUAUCGCUGCCCCUGCUUUUCUUUUCUUACAGCUACUAUUAAAACAGUGCUGGCACAGGGACCAGACAAGCACAUGCGCAGUUGUAUAUAGUUCAGUGCCACCUAAGACAGUUUCUGCGUGAAUAGAGCAUUGCUUUGUACUAUCAGUUUUUGUUCAGUCAGUAUUAAUAGUUCACAUAUUUUUGUGCUAUUAUUUUUACUUUUUUCAUAGCCUACUAACAAAAUUCAAUGGUAAACAGCUGAUAUUAAUGGGGACUAUAUGACAGAAAUGCUUUACUUAGUUUUUGAUAUCAUAAAACUGGCCUUUGCACUUUUUACAUUUAAAUUGUUGCUAAUUUUGUUAAUUAAAACACAUUUAAAUUAUGUAUUUUAUUAAAAGCUAUAUGGGUUGUUUUAUAAAAGUAAACUUAAGUACUUUCUCCCUAUUUCUGUAAGGAUAUAUCCAGCAUGCCUGUAAGACAUGUCCAUGUUUCCUGAGGGUGGCCUAAGAUCACAGUGUAGACUUCCUCCAGAAAACAUCACAUGCUAUGGAGCCAAGGUUUCGUCAAACACUAUUCAUGUGUCAUGUCUUCAGUGGUGGGGGACAUAGAGUUCGUAGUAAUCAUAUAGGAAAAAUGUUUCCCAAGAGAUGAUUAUGUCAGCAUUAAGGAAGCACCUGUGAUCAAGCCACCUGCAUUUACUUCCCCUGAAAUAACUCCAUGUCUUGUAACUCACAAAGAUGUUUAGAAGAUUCAGUACCCUGAUUUCAUAAAUAAUAAAACUGAUAGCUUUUAUAAUUCCUGGCCUGGCCUUUUGUAAAUUAUAUCCUUAUGACUAGUGUGAUCCUGAGCAGCUUUGGGUAUAGGUAUACCUCAGCCCUGGUGUUCACAGUAAAUAGUACCACAGUGUAGAUGUUUCUACUAUUGUACUGCGAGACUUUCUAACAUAAAAUGAUGUGAUGACCAUUACCAUAUUACUAUAGUAUAAGAAUAUGGUAAGUAUGCAAGCCUCUGAAACCAAGAUGGAGAAAAGGUAACUCUUAAAUUUAUAAAAAAUAGUUACCAUGUUCAUAGCUGUGUUGCUUACAGCUUUAAAAUAUUUUUUAAAAAGGCUUCAUAUAAAUAGAUAUCUGUCAGAUUAAUAAUUUUCUGAGGUUCAAAUUCCUCUAUGUCCUGCUCAUUGAGCACUUUUAUCUUCAUGAAUUGUGUUAUAUUUACCCUUUGACUAAAUAACAUGAGCUACUUUUC